CCAGCUUGCUACACCCCUAAAACAACCCUGCCUGAUCAGAAAAAAAUUAACUAAAUACAAUCCGAAUGACUCAAUGCCCGAGACCCCGAGGCAUAUCUGCGCGGGGAGCCAUGUUAACUGUGGGUUACUUCACAUGCGAACCAUAGUUAACUACCGAUCUGGGGCUUUAGUUUGAUGGACCCUCAUUACCGGAGCCCAUUCAGGGGCCACAUCUCUUUUUUGUUGGGAAAAAAAAAAAAAAAAAAAGAUCUACAGAUGAUGAUCUACACUCCAGUACUUUCCAUCCUACACUGCAAAACAGCCUCUUUUCUUCCUUCACUUUCACAUGUAGAAACACACCCUCUCUCCGGAACUACCGGUAGCCCCUCUAGGGACAAAACGAUAUAAACAAUGGCUCCUCCCUCGCCAACAUCCCCCAGAAGAGGGCGGCCAUAUCCAAGAGACCCAGAUCAAGUCUAAGAACAGCGAAAAUGGCUACCAAGCCCAACCCCAAGGACUCGAUGAAGUCCACCUGGCGCACCGCCAGCCGCGACGAAUGGAACAUCAACCACUGGGCCAUCGAGCUGCUGAACGUGCACCCAACCGAGCUCAACAAGGAAAUCCCCGUGCACCAAAAGGAUGAAAAAGUCCCCUACAUCACGCAAUGGUCGCUGAACAUCUGGGUCCUCUUCUACGGAGCCCUACCGCUACUCAUGCACCAAGUCUACGCCACCUUCACAGGCCACAAUCUAGGCCCAAUAGCCGUCUUCAACUUCUACUUCAUGGCCUUCAACGCCGUCGUCAUCUUCGAAGUCCACAUCCUCCGCCGUCUGGGCCACAUCUACGGCUUCCUCGACGGCGACAAGCACGACCGCGAUGGCGUCCCAGACGUCGGCAUCGCCAAAGUCGUAACAUCACUCUACAAGACGACAGGCUCACGCAUGGCCCUCGCCGUCUACUUCACCUACAACAUCAACCAGCUCCCCUCCCAGCUGAACUGGGUCAUGCUGCCGCUCCAAAUCGGUCUCUAUGGCAUCGUCCUCGACUUCUGGUUCUACUGGUACCACCGUCUCAUGCACGACGUCAGCUUCCUCUGGAAAUUCCACCGCACUCACCACCUCACAAAGCACCCUAACCCCUUACUCGCCGCCUACGCCGACCACGAACAGGAAUUCUUCGACAUGGUCGGUGUUCCCAUGGCCACUUACUUCAGUCUCAAGUUCAUGGGCCUCCCCCUCGGCUUCUACGAGUGGUGGCUCUGCCACCAGUACAUCGCCUUCACCGAGGUCCUGGGCCACAGCGGUCUGCGCUUACAUUCAACCGGCGCCUCGACCCUAACCUGGCUGCUCGAGUUCCUUGGUGCGGAGAUCGUCAUCGAAGACCAUGAUCUCCAUCACCGGAAGGGCUGGCGCAAGAGUCAUAACUACGGGAAGCAGACCAGACUCUGGGACCGGAUUUUCGGGACCUGUCAUGAUCGGAUCGAGGGGACGAAGGAUAAUAUUGAUUAUGUGAAUUCGGUUAAUAUGCCCUUGUUUUGAUUUUGUGUGUGUGUGUGUGUGUGUGUGUUUGGAUUUUCUCUGGUGUUUUUUUUUUUUUUUUCGUGUGUGGGAAAACUAAUGCAGGGUAGAGACUCGGUACGUGUUUCGGGGAUGGUGAAACAGGAAUGAUCGAGUCUCUUACAUUCC